UGUGUGUGUGUCCUCUUCAUCAAGAGCAGGCGUCAUCUAAGUGGAGUGGAAAAUAUUCCUAAUUUCUUUAUUUCAUUUGUCAAAUUAUUUUAAGAACAGUACAUUUAUUAAUCUUAGCGAUUAUUGUCAUAAAUAAAGUAAACAUUAUUCUACCAAGCAUUCAUAAAAAUGAAGAUACUGAUAAUUGCCAUUGUUGUAUUAAGUGUACUUGUUGUCAAAGGGCAAGGUUUGUACUGCUACCGAUGUACCAGUAAUCAACCUGGGUGUGGCACACCUUUAAAUUGGUUAUGGUAUUGGGGAGAGACGUGUCCAGAAUAUGAUGACAAAUGUGUAAAAAUUAUUGAGAAGAAAGGAGCUGAGACCAUGAUAACUCGGGAAUGUUUGAGCUCUGUUCGUAGCUUCAGAACAGACAUACCAGCUGAUAAGUAUGAAGGUUGUAGACCUGCUGCAAAAGAUGUUAGACUAGGACAUUAUGUGAAUAAUUCUCUUUGGCAAUUAGAUAUUCACAGAAAUUAUUAUGAUGAAGUAACAUGGUGCUUCUGUUACUUUGAUCACAGAUGUAACAGUGCUGUUAAUAUUCACGUUUCCAUUUUGUUACUUUUUAUUGGGAUAACAGUACAUCAGUUUAUAGCAUAAAACAUUUACAAAUGUUGAAUAUUUAUGCUUUAACUUUGUUUAGAUCUUUUCUCUAGAGAUUGAAUCAAAUGCAUUUACUCUGAUUAGUAUCUGCAUAGAAUUGAAGUUCAUAUUUGUAAAUAGUGUAAAUAACCAUUCCAGUAUAAUUUCACUAUAAAUCGACCCGUGCCUUAAAAGUUGAUUAUUCUAACUACAGUAAAUUUGACCAGUUUUUCUGUGUACCUAGACAAUGUAAUGAAACAUUGAAUUCCAUCCAAAGUGUGUAUUUAUAAUUGUUAUUUUUUUGUGAACAUAUGUUACAUAUUCUGUUCAUGUUAUUAGAGUACAUUUAAUUACUGCACACUUAAUUUUUAGUGCACCUUCACAUUCCAUAAUUUACUGGCUUAUACAUUAAUCUCUAGACCAACUUAGAUAUUAUACUUUUUUAUAUAUUAAAUCCU